AUGGUAUUGUUUCAACUAAAUAAUCAAAUACUUCAGAGGAUUAAUGAUUGCAAAACGCGCGAAAAGGUUACACUAACAAUCAAUAACGUCGAAUUCAUCAUUAACAAAUACUUCGCAGUUGCAUUUUCAAAAUUAUUUUAUGAAAACUAUCUUUUAGACAAUAAUAAUGUCAAGAUUGAUAUCAAUACAAAAAUACAAACACAAGAAACAUACAAUAUCUUGAAAGAAAUCCUUCAAUAUCGGAAAACAGACGUUGAAUGCAACGAAAGUGUUUGUAAAGAUCUCUUUCAUAUUGGAGUGAAACUUUAUAUUAAUGACCUAAUUGAAUUUUAUAAAAAUCAUUUCAUCGAUAAUACAACGAUCGACUUAAAUAAUUGUUUUGAUUUACUUGAAUUCUAUUUCGACAUAUCAUCAGAAGAAAAAACAUUUGAAUGUGCAGAUUUCAUAUCUUCACAUUUCUUCGAAAUCGAUGAGAAUAAACUCAAAACAAUAUCGAACAAAGUUGGGUUUGAUAUUUUACAAAGAAUUAUCAAUAGUGAUAAACUGAAAAUCAAAGAUGAAGAUUCAUUAGCGAAAUUCGUCAUUUCUCUUACGAGAGAAAGUGAAACAUUUUAUCAACUGAUUGAACAUAUCCGAUUAGAGUUUUGCAGCAAACAAAUAAUUGAUGAAAUUCAAAACUUGAGUAACGAAAACAACUUCAAUAUCAUCAUCAACUCAUUUCAUGAUUCAUUAUUGCGAUCAAGACCACCAAAACAUAAUUAUGUUCGUUACAAUAUUCAAAACGAAAUCUUACAAAAUAUUUCUGAACUGAAGAAAUCAAAUGAUUUCUCAAAUAUAUAUAAAUUCUUAGAUGAAAUAUCAGAAAAAGAUAUUCGAAUUUUGAUGUCAAUUGCAUUCAAUGAACUUGCAAAAACCAAAGAUUCAGAAGGAGAUUACAUUAUUCAUAAAGCUUCUCAAGAUGGAAAUCUCAGACUUGUUCAAUGUCUUGUUGAACAUAAUUUUGAUAUCGAAAUCAAGAAUAAUGAUGGAGAUACUCCACUCAUUUGGGCAUCAUAUUUUG